CGAUUAUCAGCACACUUGCAGUAGCGGUUGUUGAUUGGAACAAAAAAAAGUGUAUCUGUUUUAAUAUUAUUAUAUUUACAAAAAAAUAGAAAAUACAAAGUGUGCAUUACGCAAUUUUCUCUAAAUCCAAGUGACGUGUUGAAAAUUUUAAAAAGGAUUUUUCCAUAAUAGAAUAAUAAUAAAAAGAAGAAAAACAAUAUGCCUUGCCCAUUCCUAAAUCGAUUGAGUGCUAAUUUUGUACGUAAUUAUUCGGAGAAUCUGAUGCAAGUCUAUAGUCGCUAUUGCCCUGUGUUGCGGAACAAUGGUCAAGCUAUUUUGUCUAACGAGGUGGCUCAGUUUGAUGUCAACUCGACCCGAAACUAUGUGACUUCGAAUGUGAAUGCCCAUAAUGAGGAGGAGGUGGUUUUGCCAACUAAGAAGGAGGAAGUGCCAGUUGCUGUGCCAAAAUCAGCAAAUGCAACAACUGACCAAUUCGCUUAUGACAACUUCUUUCAUGAGCAAAUCAUGAAAAAGAAACAAGAUCAUUCGUAUCGUGUUUUCAAGAAGGUUAAUCGUUUGGCUGGCUCUGGUCUGUUUCCUCAUGCCAUGGAGUAUUCAACUAGAGAGGAGCGUCCCAUUACCGUAUGGUGUUCUAAUGAUUACUUGGGUAUGUCGGCGCAUCCAAGGGUGAAACAGGCUGUAGCGGAUGCCUUAGAAUGUCAUGGUUCCGGAGCAGGUGGCACUCGUAACAUCUCUGGCAAUUCAUUGUACCAUGAGAUGUUGGAAGCUCGACUAGCCAAACUUCAUGAAAAAGAAGCUGCCCUCCUAUUUACCUCCUGUUUUGUGGCCAACGAUUCGACUUUAUUUACUUUAGCUAAACUGUUACCUGACUGCCACAUAUUCUCGGAUGCGGGAAAUCAUGCUUCAAUGAUACAAGGCAUACGAAAUAGUGGUGUACCCAAGCAUAUUUUCCGCCAUAAUGAUGUAGAUCAUCUGGAGAGUAUGUUGGAAAAAUUGGACAAGAAAAUCCCCAAGAUAGUAGCAUUCGAAACAGUACAUUCCAUGACUGGGGAUAUUUGCCCUUUAGAAGAAAUGUGUGAUAUUGCUCAUGAAUACGGAGCCAUUACCUUUGUGGACGAAGUUCAUGCAGUUGGUCUUUAUGGAGAUCAUGGUGCGGGAAUAGGCGAACGAGAUGAUGUUAUGCACAAAAUGGACAUUAUAUCCGGAACACUUGGUAAAGCGUUCGGUAACAUUGGUGGCUACAUUGCAGGUUCCCACAAUUUAGUUGAUAUGAUACGUUCCUAUGCCGCCGGAUUCAUUUUUACUACUUCCCUGCCUCCUACCGUCUGCCGUGGAGCUCUUCAGGCCAUUGAUAUUCUAGCCUCUGAAGAAGGUCGCGAAUUGAGGGCACUUCAUAGAAGAAAUGUCAAUUACUUGCGUAAUCUUUUACGUGCUGAAGGUUUCCCCGUUGAAGAUACGCCCAGUCAUAUAAUUCCUAUUCGCAUAGGAGAUCCCCUUAAGAGUUCUAAAAUCUCGGAUGUGCUUAUGUUUAAAUUCGGUCACUAUAUCCAGGCUAUAAAUUAUCCAACUGUUGCACGUGGCGAAGAGAAAUUACGCUUGGCCCCAACGCCAUUCCACAAUGUCGAAAUGAUGAAUCAACUUGUUAACGAUUUAAAGGAAGUAUGGAAGAUGUUGGAUAUGAAACUUAAUAAAAAGGAACAAAUUUACAAUAAUGCUAGUGGCUACGUUGCCAAAAAUGAUGUCAAUGUUUUAGUAUAAAACUAAUAUUAUUAAAAUAUUAUGUAUGUAUAUGGACAAAAUUCGUAAUUGCGUUUCAUUACUUUUAUCUUAAACAAAAUAUAUCUAUCUAUUAACUAUUUACUUAUUAUAUACAUACAAAUAAUACUAUAUACAUAUAAACAUAUACAUUCAAUGGUGGGUUUAGUAUAACCACUGGUUAUUUAUUGCCUUUUUAAUUGUUAUUUUAUUUUUUUCGUUUGUUUAAUUUCAACUUUUAGUUGAUAUUUUCACGAAAUAAAUGAAUUGUAUGGUGGCAUGUGAUUAAAAUAUA